AUGGCUUCCGACGGCUCCAGGGCUCAGACUCGCGAUGUCAAGAACCACCUCCUGUUCGAGAUUGCUACCGAGGUGGCCCAUCGCGUCGGCGGCAUCUACUCCGUCAUCAAGUCCAAGGCGCCUGUCACCACGGCCGAGUAUGGCGAUCGAUACACUCUCAUCGGUCCCCUGAACCGUCAAUCAGCUGCCGUCGAGGUGGAGGAGAUGGAGCCGCCUAACCAAGAGAUAUCCUUGACUAUGCAGUCAAUGAAGGAGCGUGGCGUCGACAUCAUUUAUGGGCGAUGGCUGAUCGAAGGCGCUCCGAGGGUCCUCCUCAUUGACACCAAGACGGCUUACGGCUUCAUGGAUGAGUGGAAGACGGAUCUCUGGAACAUAUCCAGCAUUCCUUCUCCGCCCAACGACGACGAAACAAACGAAGCCAUUGUCUUUGGCUACUUGGUCGCUUGGUUCCUCGGUGAAUUUGUGUCCCACGAGAAAAACAAGGCUGUCAUUGCCCAUUUCCACGAGUGGCUCGCCGGCGUCGCCUUGCCUCUGACCAGGAAGCGCCGGAUUGAUGUCACCACCAUCUUCACAACGCACGCCACUCUCCUUGGCCGCUAUCUCUGUGCCGGCUCAGUUGACUUUUACAACAAUCUGCAAUACUUUGAUGUGGACUCCGAGGCCGGCAAGCGAGGCAUCUACCACCGGUACUGCAUCGAACGCGCGGCCGCACACUCGUGCGAUGUCUUCACGACAGUGUCCCACAUCACCGCUUUUGAGUCGGAGCACUUGCUGAAACGGAAACCCGACGGCGUGCUCCCCAACGGUCUCAACGUCACCAAGUUCUCUGCCGUGCAUGAGUUUCAAAACCUCCACCAGCAGGCCAAGGAAAAAAUCCACGACUUUGUGCGCGGGCACUUCUACGGUCACUACGACUUUGAACCAGACAACACCCUCUACUUGUUCACGGCAGGGCGCUACGAAUUUCGGAACAAGGGUGUAGACAUGUUCAUCGAGUCGCUGGCCCGCCUAAACCACCGGCUGAAGAACGCGGGAAGCAAGAUGACGGUCGUGGCCUUUAUCAUCAUGCCUGCGCAGACGACGUCGCUCACGGUCGAGGCCUUGAAGGGCCAAGCGGUCAUUAAGUCGCUCCGCGAUACCACCCACGUCAUCGAGCAAAGCAUCGGCCGACGGCUAUUCGAACGGUCUCUCAAGUGGCACGACGGCGAACCUAUGCCGGACGAAAAGGAGCUCAUCUCCGGGCAGGAUCGUGUCCUGCUGAGGCGGCGCCUCUUCGCCAUGAAGCGAGGCGGAUUGCCGCCCAUUGUGACGCACAACAUGAUCAACGACCACGACGAUCCGAUUCUCAACCAGAUCCGUCGGGUCCAGCUGUUCAAUCACCCCACGGACCGAGUCAAGGUCGUGUUCCAUCCCGAAUUCCUCAACUCGGCCAAUCCUGUCCUACCCCUCGACUACGACGACUUUGUGCGCGGCUGCCACAUGGGCGUAUUCGCGUCGUACUACGAGCCGUGGGGAUACACGCCGGCCGAAUGCACCGUCAUGGGCGUCCCCAGCAUCACGACCAACUUGUCGGGAUUCGGCUGCUACAUGGAAGAGCUGAUAGAGAACUCGAGCGACUACGGCAUUUACAUUGUCGACCGACGGACAAAGGGAGUCGACGACUCCAUCAAUCAGCUGACUUCCCACAUGUACGACUUCUGCGGCAAGAGUCGUCGCCAGCGUAUCAACCAGCGAAACCGCACGGAGCGUCUCAGCGACCUGCUCGACUGGAAGCGUAUGGGCAUGGAGUAUGUCAAGGCUCGACAGCUGGCGCUGCGACGGGUGUAUGCGACAUCGUUUAGCGGCACCGAGGAGGACGAGGAGGACUUCAUCCCGGGCGUGGAGCAGAAGAUUUCACGGCCCUUCUCGGUUCCCGGCUCGCCAAGGGACAAGAGCGGCAUGAUGACUCCGGGAGACUUUGCCAGCCUGCAGGAGGGCCGCGAGGGCCUGAAUACGGAGGACUACGUUGCCUGGAAGCUGCCUGACGAGGAAGACCCCGACGAGUACCCAUUUCCGCUUACACUUCGGGCUAAGCAGCCAGUCAAUGACAGCGCGGUCGUCGAGGCGACCUUGAACGGCAACUGA